AUGCACGGUUUAUCAGAUAUAGGUCCGAACGUACCUGCUUUUUUAGUAAAACUUUGGAAAUUAGUCAACGAUCCAGAAACUGAUGAAUUAAUAUGCUGGAGUGAGAGUGCAUUGAGUUUUAUUAUUCAUCAACCAGCAAAAUUUGCCAGGGAGCUUUUAUCAUUGUAUUAUAAGCAUAAUAAUAUGGCUAGUUUCAUAAGGCAACUAAACAUGUAUGGUUUUCAUAAAAUAGUAUCGGAAGCAGGCGGAUUAAAAAAUGAUAAGGACUAUAUGGAGUUUGCUCAUCAAUGUUUUAUAAAAGAUCAUCCAUACCUGUUAGGAAAUAUUAAAAGGAAAUUACCAAAUCCUAAAUCAGGUGUUAUGCCUAAUGAGCAGUUUACUAAUUCGAACCUAAAGAAUGAAACUCAAUCGGAAAUUUUAGCAAAAGUGCUUACAGAUGUAAAUAAUUUAAAAGGAAAACAAGAGUCUUGGGAUGCAAGAUUAGCAUCAAUGAAAAGAGAAAAUGAAGCUUUAUGGAGAGAAUUGGCCAUUUUUAGGCAAAAACAUUUGAAGCAGGAACAAAUAAUAAAUAGGUUAAUUCAUUUCAUAGUUACUAUAGUUCAACCUUCGAGAAAUGUACCCCUAAGAAGAAGGUUUCCUUUGAUGUUAAGCGAUAUUCAACCUGUAAAAAAAAUUACCAAAUUAAGUGGACCUGAUGCUUCAAAUAUUAAUCAGGGUUCUCCAACUGGGCCUACAAUUCAUGAAAUAGAUACAAGUGAUGUUAUUUUCGGGAGUCCUGAGCAACUAGAAGUAUCAAGCGACGGCGAAUUUAUUUCCUCAGACCUUGGAGAAAAUGACGCCAACUUAAUUAAGUUUGAUAAUACGGAAAAGCGGUCCGUAACAACGAAGGAAGGUACAGGUAAACCCAUAAUUGAAGGAACGGAAAAUAUUCCGGAAGAAUGGUUAGAAAUACAAAUGACAGAAGGAGAUAUUAUUGAUCCUUUAACACCGAUAGAUCCUGCUAAAAUAAAUCCAGCCAUGGCGGCUGCAACCCUUAAACAUUUAAAAGGAGAUAGUAAAAUCAAUACUCCUAUAACAAUAACAAUACCAUCAAUAACCACUUCGGAUUCCGGUAAAAAAAAUAUUUCCGAAAAAAAAAUCAUUUAUUUAACGGAUGAAAAUAUUGCCGCUCAAAAAACCAUGAAAAAGAAAAAACCGAUGACAUUAAAAUUAGAUGUCAACAACAAAAAAAAUUCCAACAAUCAAGGAAGUCAAUUGGGUUCUGUCAGUUCAAUUGUAGAUUCCACCGUAAAGGAUGGUAAAAAAAUAAUCAAAAACAUCAAUCGUCCAUCUUCAACUGCUACCGAUCAGAAAAUAAAUAUUAAAAAUUCUUCAACACCGAAAAUUAUUAGUCGUAAAAAACUGACAACUAAUGAUGAUUCUAAAACUUCUGCAACAGAAAUAGGAAUCGAUGAUUUAGAAUUAUUAUUAAGGUCGAAACAAGACGAUGGAGAUCUUGGGUUAGUAAAAGGAAAAGAUGCAGAGGAUAAAGAAGAGUUGAGCGAUUCAUUUUUAAAAUUGGAUUCUUUGUACAAUGGAACGAUGUGCGAAGAGCAACUCGUCGAUUCGUCAAAGGAAACUUUGAAACUUGAAAAAGAUGAUAAUUUGAAUUCCGUCGAGGAAAACGAUAAAUUACCAUCGACUAGUUUAAUCAAUUCAAACGAUUUGAUUGAUAAAAAUGAAAGUGAAAAUUCAGAGAACGCCGCAUUGAAUUUCGAUUCCGAUUCAAUGGCCAUAGUGUGCCAACAACCGUCAUCGGCAAAAUGUUUAACUCGGGAACUUACUUCGCACGUGGAUUCCGUACAAGGAGAAUUAGAUUAUUUGAAAGAAAUGUUAAAAGGUGAAGGAUACAGUUUUGACACUAAUUCAUUGCCAUGGUUAUUCAACGAUGAUCCUUUAUCGUAUGGUUUGCUACCGGCAAUAGACGAUGAAAAUAACGAGAAAAAAAAUGAAGAAGCGGGGAAUGAACUGAUAGCAUACGCAACACCGAACCUUAUGGAUUUAGUCGACUUGAUCGGAUCGACUCCUAACAACAACCAGGAUUGGACAAACGUCUCAUUAUCACCGACUUCUCCAGCAGUUGCAGAUCUCACGACACCGGCACCAAGUCCGAACACUUUUAGUUUUACAAAUCCUGGAAAAAAAAGAAGAAAAUCAUAA